GGAAGCCUUAGAAGUAGUAGUUUUUUCAGCUCUUUUGAGGAAAAUGAUAUUGAGAGCCACCUAAUUAGUGGACACAAUAUUGUGCAGCCGACAGAUAUUGAGGAAAAUCGAACUAUGCUCUUCACGGUAAAAUAAUAUUGAGCCUCGAGCUUGUCCCUGCUCUGCGAUAUAUGUUCAAAAGAAGAUGUGCUUUAUUGAGGGAAGAUUCUUAGUAAAUUGUUUUUGGCAGUUUUGUGUGAAUCCAUAUAUUCUUUUCUCAGGAUAAAAUCCAUACUUCAGUUAUGAUCCUUUAAACUCGUUGUUGUACGCCGUUGAGUUCAUUCCAACUCACAGGGACCCAAUAGGACAGAGUAGGACUGCCCCAUAGGGUUCUAAGGAGUGGCUCGUGGGUUCCAACCGCUGACCUUUUGGUUGGCUGCUGAACGCUUUAACCACUGCACCACCAGGGCUCAAAAAUAUAUGAAAGAGGCCAAAAAAGGGAUUUUUAAAUUGUGUCUUAAUUUCAAGUAAUACAUUUCAACAGAAUCCUUUGGUUGGAAAAUAAGUACUUUCUCUUAACUAUUUUUAUUACUUUAUAAAAUUUUUACUCACUGUUAAUCAGAAUAAUUGUCAGCAUGAUUGGAUGACAUGAUAUUUGAGAUUUAUACCCAAACUGAAAUAUUAGUUUAGCCAAUUGGUUGCUAAAUGCCAGAAGGAUCUUGCCAAAUGCCAGAAAAGGAAUGGACACGGGGAGCUGUCCCUGCUGGAGUUUGGGGUUCCUGUGUUCUAAGCAGAUCUGGGGUUCUUCUGGGUAGGCUUGCCCUCCCUGGGAGCCCCCUGGGUCAGAGUGAAUUAGUCUGAGCUGAUGGGACUCAAAGUGCUGACCCAGAGGUGAACUGGUCUCUGACGGUGUAUGGGACUGGUUGUUCCUUGGCCCCUUCCGUGUCUCUUCUUUGGCUUAAUGCUGACUGACAUUCUUUAGAGAGCAAAAUUAUCUUAAAUGUAAUAUCUUGUUUUUGUACCUAAAUCAGGGCAGUCCGAUAGCUAUGAGAUAAGAAAGUUGACUGCCAAGGUUAAUGCUGUGUGGAUGUAUUCAGGUUUAAAAUAGAGAUAAUGUAUCCUAGGUUAAUAGGGCUGAUUUAUUUCUUCCCCUUUUCAUCAUUGACCUAAUAUAUUGUAGAGUGCUACGUCAGCAUUCAGACUUGUGUUUCAAUCUGAGAUCUGUAUGUUAAAAAAAACUCUCUUGUCACUGGGAAAUCUGCUUAGUUCAUUUAUUUAACAAGUACUUAAUGAGUGACUGCUGUGUGCAGGGUCCUGUACAAUAUGUUAGAAACACAGCAGUGAACAAGACUCCCAACAUGGAAUUUAGAUUUCUGGGAGUCCUGGGGUGGUACAAACAGUUUACAUGCUUGGCUGCUAACUGAAAGAUUGGAGGUUCGAGUCCACCCAGAUGCACUUUGGAAGAAAAGCCUAAUCUCACUUUCAAAAAAUCAGCCAUUGAAAACCCUAUGAAGUGCGCAGUUCUACUCUGACACACGUGGGGUUGUCAUGAUUUGGAGUUGACCCAACGGCAUCUGAUUUUAAGGGAGAGAAAUGUCAGACAAUUGAUGGCACAAGUAAUUUAUCUAAUUACAGUUGUGAUAAACACUACAAAGGAGAAGCAGAGGACGUUGCAAGAACAGCUGGGGCAUCGGGGAAAGCUUCUUCCAGAAAGUGAUUUUGACCGAGCAGAGCGUUGGUUGUGGUCAACUGGGAGUGGGUAUCCUGGGUGCGGGGAACAGCAGAUUGGCCAGUCUGAAGUUUACCUCAUCAGCCCUGACACCAAAAAAAUUGCAUUUGAGAAAAAUUUUAAGGAGAUAUCUUUUUGCUCUCAGGGUAUUAGACACGUGGACCACUUUGGGUUUAUCUGCCGAGAGUCUUCGGGAGGUGGAGGCUUUCAUUUUGUCUGCUAUGUGUUUCAAUGCACAAAUGAAGCUCUGGUUGAUGAGAUUAUGAUGACCCUGAAGCAGGCUUUCACAGUGGCUGCAGUGCAGCAGACUUCUAAGGCCCCCACUCAGCUGUGUGAGGGCUGCCCUGUGCAGGGCCUGCACAAGCUCUGUGAGAGGAUAGAGGGAAUGAAUACUUCCAAAACCAAACUAGAACUCCAGAAACAUCUGACAACAUUAACUAACCAGGAGCAAGCAACUAUUUUUGAGGAAGUUCAGAAAUUGAGACCAAGAAAUGAGCAGCGAGAGAAUGAAUUGAUUAUUUCUUUCUUGAGAUGUUUAUAUGAAGAGAAACAAAAAGAUCAUGUUCAUAUUGGGGAGAUAAAGCAGACAUCACAGGUCGUAGCAGAGAAUAUUGGAAGUGAUUUACCGCCUAGUGCCACUCGAUUUAGGCUAGAUAUGCUGAAAAACAAAGCAAAGAGAUCUUUAACAGAGUCUUUAGAAAGUAUUUUGUCCCGGGGUAAUAAAGCCAAAGGCCUACAGGAACAUUCCCUGAGUGUGGAUCUGGACAGCUCCAUGUCUAGCACGUUAAGUAACACCAGCAAAGAGCCAUCUGUGUGUGAGAAGGAGGCCUUGCCCGUGUCUGAGAACUCCUUCAAGAUGCUCGGCUCCUCGGAUGACCUCUCCAGUGACUCGGAGAGCCGUCUCCUUGAAGAGCCUGCUCAGCUCUCACCCCAGCAGGGCUUCCGAAGGCGAGCCAACACCCUGAGCCAUUUACCCAUGGAAAGUCAGGAGCCUCUGGAACCUGCUGAGGUGUCUCCAGGGGUCUCGCAAAGGAAACUUACGAGGUAUCACUCAGUGAGCACAGAGACACCUCACGAACGAAAUGUGAAUCAUCCAGCUGCUGGCGAGUCUAAAAGUGGCUCAGGUCAGUCUUCAUCUCCUGCUCCUCCACCUCGCCUUAAUCCCUCCGCCUCCUCGCCAAAUUUUUUUAAGUACCUAAAACAUAACUCAAGUGGAGAACAAAGUGGGAAUGCUGUGCCAAAGAGCAUCUCCUACCGUAAUGCCCUGCGGAAAAAACUUCAUUCUUCUUCCUCUGUGCCAAAUUUUCUAAAAUUUCUGGCUCCUGUAGAUGAAAAUAACACCUCUGACUUUAUGAACACGAAAAGGGACUUUGAAACCAAAGCAAACCACCCAGGCGAUGCCAGUGGGACCCCUGUGAAGACACGAAGACAUUCGUGGAGGCAGCAGAUCUUUCUCCGAGUGGCGACCCCACAGAAAGCGUGUGAUUCUCCUAGCAGAUAUGAAGAUUACCCAGAUCUGGGAGAACUCCCCCCACGGUCUCCUUUAGAACCAGUUUGUGAAGAUGGGUCCGCUGGCCCUGUACCAGAGGAAAAGAAAAGGACAUCUCGCGAGCUUCGAGAGCUAUGGCAGAAGGCUAUUCUACAACAGAUACUGCUCCUCAGAAUGGAGAAGGAGAAUCAGAAGCUACAAGCCUCUGAAAAUGAUUUGCUGAACAAGCGUCUGAAGCUUGAUUAUGAAGAAAUCACUCCUUGUCUUAAAGAAGUAACUACAGUGUGGGAAAAGAUGCUAAGCACUCCAGGAAGAUCAAAAAUUAAAUUCGACAUGGAAAAAAUGCAUUCAGCUGUUGGACAAGGUGUACCACGUCAUCACCGGGGUGAAAUCUGGAAAUUCCUAGCAGAGCAAUACCACCUUAGACACCAGUUUCCCAGUAAACAGCAGCCCAAGGACAUGCCAUACAAAGAACUCCUAAAACAGCUGACCUCCCACCAGCAUGCAAUUCUUAUCGACCUUGGACGAACGUUCCCGACACAUCCGUACUUCUCGGCCCAGCUGGGAGCAGGGCAGCUCUCACUGUACAACAUUCUGAAGGCCUACUCGCUUCUAGACCAGGAAGUGGGGUAUUGCCAAGGUCUCAGCUUCAUCGCAGGCAUUUUGCUGCUUCAUAUGAGUGAGGAGGAGGCCUUUAAAAUGCUCAAGUUUCUCAUGUUUGACAUGGGACUGCGGAAACAGUAUCGGCCAGACAUGAUUAUUUUACAGAUCCAGAUGUACCAACUCUCGAGGCUGCUUCACGAUUACCAUAGAGACCUCUACGAUCACCUAGAAGAACAUGAGAUUGGCCCUAGCCUCUAUGCCGCCCCCUGGUUUCUUACCAUGUUUGCCUCCCAGUUUCCGCUGGGAUUUGUAGCCAGAGUCUUUGAUAUGAUCUUUCUUCAGGGAUCAGAAGUCAUAUUUAAAGUGGCAUUAAGUUUGUUGGGAAGCCAUAAGCCCUUGAUUCUGCAGCAUGAAAACCUAGAGACCAUAGUUGACUUUAUAAAAAAUAUAUUACCAAACCUGGGGUUGGUACAAAUGGAAAAGACCAUCAAUCAGGUGUUUGAGAUGGACAUCUCUAAGCAGUUACAAGCUUAUGAAGUUGAGUACCACGUGCUUCAAGAAGAGCUUAUCGAUUCUUCUCCUCUCAGUGACAACCAAAGAAUGGAUAAAUUAGAGAAAACCAACAGCAGCUUACGCAAACAGAACCUUGACCUCCUCGAACAAUUGCAGGUGGCAAAUGGUAGGAUCCAAAGUCUUGAAGCUACAGUUGAGAAGCUUCUGACCAGCGAAAGCAAGCUGAAGCAGGCGACCUUGGCGUUAGAGCUGGAGAGGUCUGCUCUGCUGCAGAUGGUGGAGGAGCUGCGGAGGCAGAUGGCUGAGCUGAGCAGCACAGAGUCAGCCCUCACUCAGCCUGAGCCUGCGGGUGACUGACGGCAGGGGAGAGCGCCUCCCCAGAGGACCCCUCCGGAGGGGAGAUUGCACCAUCACCUCACAGCGUCCAAGCCUUAACGCAGAGAGAGAGGAAAUGCUGGCGGGAGAGAACGAAGCGUGAAGUGUGCUUCUCAGGGAGGAAACUGGCUUUGCCAGCACACAGAUUCUUCUGAACUAAAACUUGUGAUUCAGUGGGGCAAAUGUUCUGUUGUUUUGGUUCUAAUUUGGUCCCCUUCUGGUCCUGAUUACUGUACUCAGUAGAUUUAGAUGGCAUGGACAUGAAUAAAUGCACCUUUAUGUUUCCUUGUUGCUUCCUAUUUUAGUAUCAUCGUGUUUGUAAAGAACAUUCAUAAACCCAAAAACCAAACCAGUUGCCGUCAGGUCGAGUCCAACUCAUGGCGACCCCAUGUGUGCAGAGUAGAACUUCCCAUAAGAUUUUCGUGGCUGAGACUUCCUGGAAGCAUAUCGCCAGAACUGUCUUCCGAGGCACCUCUAGGUGGGUUUGAACAACCAGCCUUUCAGUUAGUAGUGGAGUGCUUAACCAUUUACGCCACCCAGGGACUCUGAAGAACGUGCACACUCCGGUGGAAUUUCAGAAGCCAAAAGGGAUCGAGAUGAGUCCUCUGGAGAAUGUGUGGGUCCCUCAUUCUUCCAAAGAGGGUUUCUGGGACUGUCAGCAUCACUAGCUCUUGUCCAUUCAUGUUACAUACCGAGCCUAAGAUGACCAUUGGGAAGGACUGAAAGUAAUUUGUUUAAAUUGGAUAACUUGAAUUUUAUCACCGUCUUUAGUGUUUAAGGAAAUUUGUCUUUUUAAAAAUAAUAGAGUGUUUUCAUACAUUUUUGCUUAUCCCUUUAGUAUUGUUGAUCAAAAUCACGGUAGAUAAAUUUUUUAUGGGAAAAUCACCGUUUUCUGUAGACUACCAGCUAUUCCUAGCUCGUGGUCUGUAGUUGUAGAGCCUGAUGUUUAUAUCUUUGUUGUAGUUUCAUAUUCAUAUUGCAGAGUUGUGUGUUUAUUUUUGUUUGUUGCAAGAUGUAAUGCAGUCUAGUAGCCCUUGGAAAUCUGAUUCAUUGCCGAAGGAGCAGGGUACAUCAGGAUCUUCAUCGGUGCCAAAAAUGCUGGGACUUUCAAAAAAGAAGGAGACUGAAAUUGCAAUCAG